AUGCCGGACUGGUUCAAGAACUUGCUCUGCAAAAGGGUGUUAGUGUCUGCCUCAAGACGAGAUGCAAGGGUGGAGAGGGAGAGGAAAACUUACAGCCAUGAAGAGGAUGAUGACGUUGCUACCGACAAACGCCGCAAAGAUACCAAGGUCCCUCCAGCGGUGACUAAAGUCCAGGCCCAGAGGCUGGUAGAACUCGUCGCCCACCUUGUAUCCGGGCCCGCCGUUGUCGAAGAAGGGCUGCAUGUAGUCGCCGCACGUCUGGCCCUGCGGCGCCGUGAAGGGGUUGAACUCGGACUUGGUGCAGGCGACCUUGAGAUCGUGCAGCGCCGUGACGACCAUGCCGCCGAUGAGGCGCGUGAAGGGGUCGAGCUGGUAGAGCCAGGCGCGCCAGAAGCCGGGCAUCUGCGGGGCGGGGAUAGUGACACCGCAGAAGAGGGCAAAGGUGAUCAUGAUGAAGGGAUCGAACUGCGACGAGAUGAAGGGGCUGGGCGUCAGGGAGGCGAGAGCCUGUCCGAGGGAGACGGAGAAGAGCUCGGUGAUGAGGACCAUGAAGAACUGGUAGCCCGCGCGGGACGAGUCGGACUGGAAGCCCGGCAUGUAGUACAGGGGCAGGAAGAAGGCGACGGCGCACAUGAUGGAGUACGGCAGCUCGGCGAUGGUGAUGGCGGCGGCAAAGGUCAGCGGGUUGUACAUCUUGGACGACGCCUCGCGGAAGAAGAGGGCGCGCUUGAUGUGGAACAUGACCUCGACCUGGCUGAUGAUGAGGGCCGGCAGGACGGUGACCUGGAACAUGACGAAGACCUUGUACUGCAGCGAGCUGCGGCUCCCGUCGAGGUUGAGGUAGGUGAGACCGGUGAUGAGGGCGACAACGACGUGGUUAAAGAGACGGGUGAAGAGGUAGUUGGGGCUGCGCCAGAAGCUGAGGUUCAUGCGCUUCACGACCACCUUGAGCUGGUGCCACUGCGGGCUAGCGUACUCCUUCUCGAGGUCGUGGUUUGUGGUUCGGCCCGCGGCGAUGCGCUGCUCCUUCAGCUGGCUGAUGGUGUCCUUGACGUUGGCAAGUUCGGCGCUGUCGUCCCAAAUGUCGGCCCAGUCCUUGUUUCCGACGCGGGGCGCGGAGCCGGCGCCGAUGGCCUCGAGCAUGUACUCGGCGACGUUGUCGGUGGGCUUAGCGACGGCGCCGUGGCGCUUCAGGUAGUCGCGCAGGACGACGGCGUCCUGGCCAAUGUCGCCAAAGUAGACGGUGCGUCCACCCCUCUGGAGCAGCAGGAGACGGUCAAAGUUCUCAAACAGGGCGGCGUUGGGCUGGUGGAUCGUGCAGAGAAUGGCCUGUCCGGCGGCGGCCAGCUUCCUAAGGAAGCGCACAAUGUUGAAGGCGCUCUGGCUGUCCAGACCGGAGGUGGGCUCGUCGAGGAAGAGGAGGAGCUCGGGCUUGGCGGCCAGCUCGACACCAAUGGUGACACGCUUGCGCUGCUCGACCGUCAGGCCGAACUCGGGCGAUCCAAUAAUGCAGUCGGCAAUGUGCUCCAUCUCAAGCAGGGCGAUGAUCUCCUCGACGUACGAGAAUCGCUCAGGGAUAGGGGUCUCGUAGGGCUGGCGGAGGAGGGCGGAGAAUCGGAGGGCCUCGCGGACGGUCUGGGUCGGGUCAUGAAGAUCGAGCUGCUCGGCGUACGAGGUGCUUCGCUGGAACUGCUUUCCGGGCUUGAUGCCGUCAACGAGGACAUCACCGUGGAUAACACCAAUGUUCUUGCGGGCCGCAAGCACGUCGAGAAGGGUGGUCUUGCCUGCACCGGAAGCGCCCAUCAAUGCUGUGAGCUGGCCGGGCUUGACGUAUCCAAAGACGUUGUUGAGGAGACGACGGGUUCCACCAGGAACGGGGACAUCGUAGUUGAGGUUCUCCCAGGUCAGGACGGCUUCCGACUUGAUGCUGAGGUCGGAACCCUCCUGCUUGUCGCCGCGGCGCUUGCCUGCUCGCUUCUCGAUGAGAGCCUCGUUGAGCCUCUUGCGCUCCUCGUUGGGCUUCUGGUAGACCUUGGCCGAGUUACCGUUGUUGCCGAAGUUGAUGAGUUCUCCGAGAGUGACGUUCAUGAUGAGGAAGAAGACGAUGAGGGCGAAGAUGAUGCCCCAGUUGCGCCACAGGUCGCCCUUGAAGUAGUUGAACCCAGCUGCAAUGUAGGCCGAGCCGUCGACGAGGGUGGUUCCGGGCUGGGAGCCCGCAAGGGUGCAAACCUGGUGGUUGAUGUCGCCGUAGCCGGGGCCCGAGGGGAUGAGCGAGUCGUCAGUGCAGGUGAGCUUGAGGCGGCUAAACUCGUUCUCCAUCAUGGCGCUGAAGGCGAGACCAAGCGCGUUGACCCAGUAGAUCCAUCGAAUCCACUUGUGCUCAGACUGGUACUGAAUGAGGUAGCCAGAUGUGACAACGAAGAAAGUGAUCAAAACGACAGCGAACUUGAUGGCGUAGUCGAAGUCGGGACUGAUACAACCGAUGAUACGGAAGAACAGGGUCAUGGCGAUGUUUCCGGACAAGAUCAUGAGGUAAAACGUAAAGAAAGCCCCCGCCUCGCGGACGAGACCCGACAUGAAGUAGACAAUGAUCGAGAAGACCAAGAUCUGAGUCGCAGCAAAGGCCUGAUCGACGAUGAUCUGGGCAAUCCAUAG